AUGUCUCCAGCGAUUGCACCGAAGAUGAAUGCGCCGCAAGCAUUUGUCUCCAGCUACGCGCCGCGCAUCCGAGCCUAUGGCAAUUCCCUACUCACUCCCGUCAUCCCCCAGACCACCCAGCUCCCACCUGCACGAACGACCAAGCGGGGGACGACAGCUAUAAACUACGCGGAAGAUGGGUUCGACGACGAAGAUUUCGAUGACAGCGAAGGACCACGGCGACCCACCGGACUUCGCAGUCUACGGAGGGACGAGGCCGGCGUGGAUAAGGUGGGAGGACAAGCCACCCAGCUGGGCAAGGAGCUUACGGCGCCUGUGGAGAUACAAGGUGUGUGGAGGGAUUGGAUGGGCAAGCCGAAGCGUUCGAUCAACAGGACGGAGCGGCAAAUGCAGGUCCAGUCCGCGCUUCCGCUGACCCUAAUCCCCAUACGGAUUGACCUGGACAUACAACCCUUUAGACCUGAAGCUGCUUUACCCCUCCCGAACAACUUCCGCGACUUCGGUAUCGACGAGAGUUUGCCGGCCUACAAGCCUUCGGAACCGACACCAGCUUACAGACUGAAGGACACCUUUUUGUGGAAUCUGCACGAGGCGUUAAUGACACCGGACCAGUUCGCAAAAGUGUUCGUGGACGAGCUCGAUUUCCCUGCGGAACGCAAGCUAGCAUUUAUCAUGACGAUCGCCGCUCAGAUACGGGAUCAGCUCCAGGAGCAUGCUGGCGUGGCAUUACACCCCCUUUUCCACGCCACUAGCACCACGUCCGCAGACGGAGCUGCGGUACAGACUGUCCAGCCCGCUCCAUCUCGCGACGAGUCCUCAACGCCCGCUCCCAUAGUUCCCCCUUUGCCCUUACCAAACGGCAUUAGGGAACGGGAUGGAACACAGACGCCUUCAGUCGUGCCAAACGGCAUCACAGCAACCGCCAAACCCCUUCCCACCGAAGACAUCCACAACCCCGACGACGCGUACCGCUGCAUCAUCAACCUGAACAUCAACCUCAUGAACCGGCUCUACAGCGACAAAUUCGAAUGGUCGCUUCUCCAUCCCCCUGGCUUCGCUGAACUCUUCGCCAAGCAAACCUGCGCGGACCUUGGUCUCUCUGGCGAAUGGGUCCCCGCGAUGACCCAUGCGCUCUACGAAGCCGUGCUGCGCCUCAAAAAGGAAGCCUGCGAGAACGGCGGCCUGGUCGGCUACGGCGACAUCGACAACCAGGCCGCCGAGGGCGCGGAAGCGGGCUGGCGGUACGACAACGAGGAUCUUGGCGCCGAAUGGGAGCCCAAGGUGGAGCUGCUGUCGAAGGAGGAAAUCGAGAAGAGGGAGGGCGAUCGAGAGAGGCAGAUCCGGCGGAUGCGGCGCGAGACGGCACGGUUUUCUAGCACGGCGAAUAUGGCGGGCGGCGUGCCGCAGAGCGACUAUUUUGCGAAUCCGCAGGAGCUGGAGCAGCCGAUGGGGCGCGGUGAGAGGAGUAAGAAGAAGAGGAGGUUCAGGAGUUUGAGUCCGGUGGGGAGGGAUACGCCGAGUGCGGCUGCUGGGUAUGGCGGAGAGGAGAACCAGCUCAAAGAAUGGCACGUCACGUGA